CGGGCUCCUCCCCCCGGCACACCGACGCCAGCACCAGCCCGGAGAACAGCCCCGCCUCCCCGGGGCGGCACGGGCCCGGGUACAGGCACGACACGGGACAGCCCCAGGGGUCCGGCACCAGCCCCGAGCUGAGCCCCCGCUCGCCCGGGCACCACACCCGGGGAAGCAGCCGUCCCGAGAGGAGCUGGGCGCCCCAGCACGGGCGCGCCCGCCAGCCCCCUUCCCAUCAUGCCCAGCAGGGCCACCAGCGGAGCCGGCGGGACGCCCCGUCCGAGGCCCCCGGGCACGGCUCCCGGGAGUCCCAGUCCAGCAAGUCUGACUCCUCCCGGAACCGGGACAAUACCUCGACCGCCAGCCCCAGCCCGGAGCGCUGCGAGAGGCAUGGCGGCACCGAACCGGGGGGCCCGUGGACCUGCGCCGCUGCUUACAAGGAGGGGACGUCGGAGGCCGACAGGGUUCAUUUCCUGCAGGAGCAGAACGAGGAGCUCCACCACAGCCUGGUAAAGACCACAGUCCGCAUGGAGGUGAUGGGGUCAGAGCUCAAGAGCAGCCACCAGCAGCUGGAGACAGAGCUGCAGAGGACCAGGGAGGAGCUGGAGCGCCUGAGGGAGAACUUCAGGAGGCUUCAGGACAGCUACACCAGCUCCCUGCAGACCAACGUCGCCCUGGAGCAGAAACUCCGCUCGGUGGUGCCCACUCUGCUGCAGGGAGUCUUGGAGAAACACUUCCAAACGGACUGGGCCGCCGACCAAUCUCUGCUGCCCAUCCCCGCCGUCACGCCCCCUCCUGCCCAGUUCAUGGACGACAUCCAAUCAGAGAACGGCCGUGGGGCCGGUGACCAGUCACUGAGCAGGAUGCGACCCGUCCUGGAGGAGGAGGGCGAAUCGGACUGGUCCGAGAAGGAGGAGGGCGGGAGGGGGCGGGGCUUGGGAGGUCAGCACGGGGUCAGGGCCUUCGUGCCCUGGAGGCAGGUGGAGGAGCGAGGGAGGGAGAGGGGUGGGAGCAGAGAGGGAGAGGGGGGAGACUCCGAGGAGACGGGGAGCGAGUCCGGGCCGGAGGAGGUCGGGAGGCUCCCCCACACGCUGCAGGUGCCCCACGUCCAGUUCGUUGUGCCCACGCCCGACGCCGGCCUCCAGACCCGCUUCCAGAAAUUUCCCCCGCUCCCUCUCCGGGCGGGCGCCCCGGCGUCUCCGAUCCGGAUCCUCUCCAGGAGCCUGGAAGAGAUCCGCCCGGCUGGCCCCUGGAACCCGGCGCCGAGCCCCCCCCACCACCUGGCGGACGACUCGGACGAGGAUGUGGCCCGCCCCCGGAAAAGGGGGGGCGCCCAGAUCCAGGGGGAGAAGGCCCCGGGAGCGGGGUCGGUGAGCUACCAGCCCCCCCAGGGGAUCCUGGACCAUUUCUUCCAGCAGCUGCGGCCGGACAGGGCGGGGGAGGCCGGGGAGACGUCAGGGGGCGCGGGCUGGGCCGCGGGGGCCUCCCGGGAGACGACACCAAGGGGGGGGGCCGUGAACGGGGAGAGGGGACCCCAGAGGGGCCCCCCGGAGAGAUCCCUUUGAGGUGGCGCGGGGCUAAAACCGCCAAGCGCAGUCUCCCAGCAUGCCGAGCGGCUGACCCUGCCAACGCUGGCUCCCCAUCCCUCGUUUUCCAGAAUCCCGGAAAGGGACGCGUUUCCCGACCAAGCCCACGGAGCGUUUUCUUCCUCCUCGAGAUUCCCCCUCGCCUCGAAGUUCAACCCCCGCGGCCCGUCGCGUAGUCUGUAAAAAAACGUCGACACUGUGGAGCGUUUCUGUUAGGUCUGUGUCCUUUUGGGGUCUCAGUAGUAGAAUUUUAUUUUAUCUAAAUAUCUCUCUAAUAUUUAAUAACAAGUCCCGUAGCAUUCUCCUAGCAAAGCUUGUGGUCACUCAUGCCUGACUUAUUCCAUUGGCGCCUGUAAAGCUGGGGUUGAGAUUUCCUAUGAACGCCUCAAAUUUGAAUCACCUCUCAGGUGGGCACCCACGUUUCCCAACAGUACGCUGGCAUUGCACACAUUCCUGUGUGUGUGGGGGGGGGGGGUUACAUCCAACAGCUUGAAUUUUUGCCUCUCUAGUCUGAUCUCUCUUAGGAUCUCCAUGGCGACGACCCCUCACCUUCCCAGCGUACCUUUCCCGUCCAAGACCGGAUUAGCCCACGACAAACGGGACGUCGGGUCACCCCGCCCUUUACAAACGGCUGUGGGAGAUCCCACAACCAACGGUGCAGAUGUCAAGGGCCGGGUGUUUCGAUCGCUUGAUCGCGUCGGUCCGCGCGCGCGGAUCCGGUUCUUGACGAGGUGGGACGCGAGGACGGGGACCGCCACAGAACCAGCGGACAAGAGACAGGAAGGGCACAGCAGGGCCCUGUGACAAGACAGACUGGUCAGCCAGCUGCUUGAUCGCCGGCAUCUGUGAGGCAGGAACCUGCUUUGUCUGAGUCGACGAGCUCUGUGCUGCGCGCUAAUGUGUACCAGGUGUGAGGAGAGGUGUAUAGAGGGUGAGGAAUGUGUGCUUGUGGGGUGAUCUGUGUGGGGAAUAUAGUUUCGUGUGCAAGUUAGACCCUUUAGUAAGUGUGCUGUAUUUUUCGUACUUGCUUUGCUUGACUUGUGUUUAAGGAACUGGAGUUCUAAUCUGUUUCCUUUGUUUGAGGACCCAGACAAGACUGUAGAUGAUUGUUUUUUUUGGGGGGAGGGGGGAUUGUUACGUUACUGCAUGGAGCCAGACCUGUGAAUCUUCCCGAUAAUAAAACCUCAGA